AUGGGCUGCAAAGCAAGUGUUUGCACUGAUCCAAACGAGUUAUUACUUUCUCAGCAUAUUCAAGAAAAAGAUACUGACAUUUCAAGCCACGUUUCUCAAAAGUCAACGCUUUAUUCUCUCAAUACCCUAAUUAGAAGAAAAGAAGAAGCUGAAAGCUUUAUUAAGCCUCAAGAAAAAAUAAGAACAACAGUCAAAAUGAUUUUUAAAUCCUCUCAAAAUCGAGCUGAUUUAAUUGAAAUUCUAGAAAUUUGGCUUAACGAAGUCUAUACUUCACUUGAAGAGUCAGUUUUUUGCAGUCAAGACCUCAAAAGCUAUUUGAGCGUUGACUCAACAGGCUUAAAUAUGACCAUAAAGCAUGACGUUGAUGGAAUUAGGUCUUAUAACUGUUUAAAAAAUUUUUGCGAAAAACUGCGCAGGCUUCCAUCUUGCAGCAAUUUAAGGUUCAAUUCUCAGCUAUUUUCAAGACAUGAGGAAUUUUUAUUGUCAUUAUGUCCACUAACAAUUUCAUUUUACCUUAAGCUUGGAGCUCAAAUUGACUGUGGGUUUGGGGUUGAAAAACCAAUGGAUAAAAAACAAUUGUCACAGUUUUUGCUUCAUUCCGCUGAAGCAGAAAAUGUUGCAAGAUGGUCUAAUCAAAAUUCUCACCCAAUUCCUAUACAAUUUAACUACUCCUGUUUCAAUGAUGCGAGAUUCUGCAAUUUUUACUUGUUUGAUGGGCUAAAGUCACAGAAUUUUGAAAGAGGAAUUUCUAUGUUUGAGUGGUUUGGAGCACCUGUGUCUUCAGAUGUAGCAAAUAUAAUUAGAAGGGCAAAAGGAGAGGAAGUGAAUUGUAUUAUAGAAAUUGAUAAGGAGUCGGUUAUUUCAAUGGCAAUGCAAGUACAGGAACAUGAAAACCCUUCUGCUAUAGCGAAAGAAUUGGAUACUGCGUUCGAUAAACAAAAAUGGGUGAGGUUUCAAAAACUUCUUCAGCCAAAAUGGGUGAUUUUAGAGUUAAACAGAGAUGGGUUCAGACUAGUACAGAUGAGUGCUAUAAUGUAA